AUGGCCCACUGGAGAGAGGAGUACCUUGCUGCGCUUGCAGUGCGCGAUGAGCGGGAAAAGGCCAACAUCGCCCUCUACGAUGCUUAUGCCCGACUCGCAGAUCGCACGGCCAAACAACACCCUACCAUAGAACCUACCUCGAAUGUUUUGGGCGACCAGAGACUUGCAGGUUCCAGUGGAGCCCAGCCCGAUGCAGCUACUAGAAAACAAUCAACUGAGCCGGGCCCCUCGAGAACAGAACUUCUAAACAUUGCCCGUUCGGAUUUGGCCGAGGCACAGCGUUCUCGCUCAGAACUACAAGGCCGCCUGGAAAGGAUCACGUCUGAAGCGGAGAAACUCCGGAAGAAGAGCGUACAAGACGGUCGGCGAAUCAAUACCCUGGAAAAUGAAAGGGUGCAUCUCCAGCUGCGCUUGAAAGAUAGAGAUGAAGAAUUGAAAGGAAAAGCCAAAUUAUUGGAGGAUUUCCAGGAUGAAAUGGCUUCGUUAAAUCUCCAGUUGAACAUGGCUGAGCAAAGGUCCACCAAACUCCAACGUGAGAACCAAGAGCUCGUUGAUCGCUGGAUGGCAAGAAUGGGUCGAGAAGCAGACGCGAUGAACAAUGCAUCGAAGUUCUCGUGA